UCGUACGUCGCAGUUCAUGAUGGGUUUGAUUCAGAGCGUGUUUGCUGCAGAGAGCGGGUAUCACGUGCAUGCGAUCCAGGAGAAUUCUCCCGCAGAGCGAGCCGGCCUGGAGCCCUUCUUUGAUUUUAUUUUGUCUAUUGGACACACCCGACUGAAUAAAGAAAGCAGCACGCUGAAGGACCUCCUGAAGGCAAACGUGGAGAAGCCGGUGAAGCUGGAGGUCUACAGCAGUAAAGUGAUGAGGAUCCGAGAGCUGGAGGUCGUGCCCAGUAACAUGUGGGGCGGUCAGGGUUUACUGGGAGCCAGCGUCCGGUUCUGCACGUUCCAAGGGGCCAAUCACAACGUCUGGCAUGUGCUGGAUGUGGAAGGGAAUUCUCCCGCUGAACUGGCGGGACUGAAGCCGUAUUCGGAUUACAUUGUUGGCGCGGAUCAGGUGCUGCAGGAAUCGGAGGACUUCUUUUCGCUGAUCGAGGCGUCUGAGGGGAAAGCGCUGAAGCUGCUGGUGUAUAACACACGCUGGGACCGCUGUCGGGAGGUGAUGAUCACUCCUAAUGCAGCGUGGGGCGGAGAGGGAAGUCUCGGUUGUGGCGUGGGGUUUGGGUACCUGCAUCGAAUCCCCAUGCGUCCGUUCGCAUCAGAUCAAUACCAGAAUGCAUCUGCAACAUCUGGAAACCAAGAGGACAAAAACUGGUCUAAGUCAUUGUCAGAUCAUGAACGUGACGUGACGGAAGACGCCGGUGAAGGGUUUGUUGAGGACACGUCUGAAGCGUCAGCAUCAUCUCCAGACACGACCGCUGUGGAUCUCUCCGCACGCUCUUCCUCUUUGCCUGUGGAUGAUGAUGAUGAUGACAACAGUGAGGACGUGUCUGCGUUAAGUCGUCCUGAAGACAGCGUGAUGAUCUCGGUUCAGAAGAGCGAUGCAGGAGUCUGCGCUGAACAAACGCCACCAUCUUUAACGUGGAGCUGAAGGAUGAACCCCUCACAUGAGCACCAGCUGAGGUUUCAGGAGCCUGCUGGGAUAGAGUUGAGCAAUUCUAUUGAAGCACCGGUGAACGUCUCUGAAACUAGAGCGCUGACAUGCAAGAUUGCACAGAAACAGAUGCUUUAAAGUGCCGUUUCUGUUUGCACUCAUAUUUACUCAUGCUUUAUAAAAUAGAGAAACCACUUGAAUAUCAGGAUAAAAUGUCUAUCUAUAUAUGAAGAGUUCAGAUGCAAAAGCCUCUA